GAUCACCCGAGUUUCUAAAAUGCUCAGCUUUACGAGAUGUCUCCAAGACCUGCCUAAAAUAAGCGUCAGCGACGUCCAUAGGAUUGUGAAUGCUUUCUCCCCUGCUCCAUCAAAUAAGCGAGACAAGGGAUUCAAAUUGAUCAUAUCCAGUUAUCUGGACAACUAUGAGGGUGGUACUGAAAGAUUCCAGUCCUGUGGAGCUGCUUCACCACAACUGCACAUGUGUUGCUGGAGCAUCAUUAUGCAACCACUGUGUUGCUUUGCUGUUCCAGUUAGCACAUUACUCUCAGCUGAAGGUGCCAGUGGUCCCUCCUGUGCUAAGCUGCACUGAAGGAGAACAGCAGUGGCACAAGCCCAGAACUUUGGGUGUAAAGCCAGGACCCGUGGAUAAAAUGGCAGUGCUUUCUACUAAACAAAAGUGUAGAGCAACCAAAGAUGGUGUAAGGAGCACACUCUACAAAGGCCUCAGUGGGGAUUUGCCUGAUCUUUCUGUCCUUCGGGUGACUGAGGGGUAUAAAGAUUUUCCUACAGCGGAGGCGCCGAUGAUCUGCAGCAUGGGCAUCAGCUGUGAAAUUCCCCUUGUUGACUCUGCCCUUGGCAAGGUUCAAGCCGGAAGUCCAUUGUCCUACCAACAACCAGCAACAGCAAAGAGAGACCUGUCCUUACAUGCUGCUCACCAUGUCCAUCUAUGCCUCUUCAGAAUUACCGCCUACAGCCAUCAAGUUGCAUGUUUGUCUGUACCGAACCACAACAGCUACACCAUAGUAUAGAGGUCACCUGGGACAUGGUGCACACAUUUGAAUGUGCUACUAGAGCACAAAGUUCAUGUACUGAAUGGCAUCAGCUAAGGAGGCAUAGAUUGACGGCCUCACGUUUCAGGGAGAUCUGCCAGGUUAGAGAGAACGCUGAAGAAGGUCUGGCUAACCGGAUACUGCAAGGGACCCGUCAGACGGCAGCUAUGAAGAGGGGGCUCGAAUUAGAGGCAGAUGCUAUCUGGGAAUAUUGCCAAAUGAAAAGGGUCAACCACUACCCCUGUGGAUUCAUAAUUCACCCUGACACUCCUUGGCUGGGGGCAUCUCCAGACAGGUUAAUCUUUGACCCUUCAGAGCCAUGUCAGUUUGGGCUGAUUGAGAUGAAGUGCCCAAAUGUUAAGAGCUAUGUGGACUGCCCAUAUCUCAAAAUGAAUUCAGGCAAAUUGGAGCUAAAACAAACACAUGCUUACUACUGGCAAGUACAGGGGCAGCUGCUAAUAACGGGAAUGAGUUGGUGUGAUUUUGUAGUCUCAGUUGAGGAAGAUGUACUCAUCCAAAGAAUUUACAGAGACAAAGAUGUUUUGGAUGUAAUCAGAGAGAAAGUAGACAGGUUUUAUUUUUAUGUCCACUUGCAUAAAUGUGUAAUGCUUCAGGAUUAAGAUAAAAUAUUUAGUGCUGUCAGUUUAACGGCGUUAUUAACAGCGUUAACGCAAACCCAAAUUAACGGCGUCAAUUUUUU